AUGCCACAGAAACGACGAGCUCGGAACGCCGCCGCAACUUCAAACGACACAGAAAAUGGUGGCAAACCCAAGAAGCGACGAGUUUCCCUUGCCUGCAAUGCUUGCCGUGCAGCCAGGGAAAAGUGUGAUGGUGCUCGACCAGAGUGUAGAACCUGCAUUUCUCAACAGCGAUCCUGCUCAUACACUCCGGCGACCAAAAAGAGAGGGGUGCAAACAGGCUACCUGCGCGCGAUAGAGCUAUCAUUGGCCUGGAUUUUUGAACAAAUGCCCGAGUGUGAAGAGAAACUGCUUCGAUUUCUAUCGAGAGGAGACAGAGACGCCACCAAGGACACCCGUGCUCUGUUAGGCAAAGGCAGUGCUGGUCACCAUUUGCAAAGACUUUGGAAUCGAAAUCGAGUGAGGAAAGCUAUUGAUGGACUUUUGUCUGAUGCGCAAAUCAAUAAUUCAGAGGAUUCUGGAAACGACCUUGACACAGAUGGUGAAAGCCAAGCGAAUGCCCGGGAUGCGACGUCACGCGGAUCAGGCGAGUCCGUCACGGUGUCUCGAACGAUGCAAGACCCGGAAACAGCCCAUGAACAUAGGCUCAGGCUCCCUAAAAAUUGGAAGCGGCUUCUGGACGUCUACGUGUCCUAUACGCAUUGUUGGCUGCCAAUUGUGAACCUGGACUCUCUCCGUGCUCUCGCUUCAUCAUACCCGUCUCAGGGUAUCAGCAUAUGUAGCAAUGUUCACGACAGCUCGUAUUUGAAGCAUUCAGAGCUUUGGGCUGUUUUAGCCAUUGCUGCAUAUCAGGAUGAGGAGUGUACUGAAGAUGCUGGCCCGAGAUCUCCCAGCAUCUCGGAAAUCUUCGACGUUUCCCGUACUCUAAUACCCGCAGACGACGGAGGAUUCGAUAUUCAUAGUAUCAAUGCCAUGAUCAUUCAUUCCGUAAUCUUGAUCGGAAAAAUGAAGACCUUGGCGGCUUCAAUAUUACUGGGAAAAUCUGCGCGGUUCCUACAACGGCUACGACUCACAGAGGAUGUCACAACACAAGAAGAGGGCGACUUUUCUUUAAUUCAGCUUGAAGUGGUUUCACUGGCGUGUUCCUUCUUGGAUGUUUUGACGUCUGUCUUCCUCCACCAGCAUCCAAUGCGAGGACUCAGUCAUAUGAAAGGCACCCGUCAACUUGAAGCGGCUGAUUUUGCCGAGUUUGAUCAGCCAUGGGUUUCUGUACCUGAGAUAUCAGCAACGUCGACCAGCUCUACAAUGCCACAGCACAUAGCGCAACCUAUUAGGACCAUAACUCAAUUACAUGCUUUUGCAUCUGUAAUGAGUGACCACCUCACUUCGCACAUGAGCGGAGAAAGUCUACCAGGGGUCCCCGGCCCCGAAGUAUUGGUUAAGAUACUUGACAGUCGCUUCAACUACUGCAACUCUCUGAUAUCAAGCGGAUCAACGCCUAUAAUACCGUCGGCCUACCUGGUCAAACUUCUUUUUUUGACGGCUACUAUUGAGUUGACAUCUGAUUCAAGAUCAUCUCUGCUCUCUGGGUUCUUGGAGAUUGUUGAGUCUUGCUUUGCAGUAUUCGGUGCCGGCCACACCCCACCUGUCGUUGUGCUAUUGCUGCAGAUUGUGCAACGUCGUGCCGAUGCGGAUGAGAUGGGGGAAUCUGGCAUAAGAAAAUGGCGUUCUAUUACGGAAAGAAUGCAAAACAUAUGGCGUGAGCGCGAGCCGUAUGCAUACACAUUGGAUGAACUACCAACAUACUCGAGCGAGGUGACACUGCCUCACAACUUGCAGCAAAUUACAUUUACCCCGAUGCCCACGGGGACAGGUCCGGACGCCAAGGCCCAUGCGAGAUCACAACCUGGGGGCAUCGGAGUGAAAGCUUUGACGGGCCUCGAGCCUGCUCAGCAACUUCGCUUCGGAUACCAGGAUGCGAUUCCAAAUCCAGCAUUUGCCAUUGACACACCAAUUACUACUCGCCUGAACAGUGGCAGCGUAAACACCCAUACCAUGUUUUCUAGCAAUCAUCGAAUGAGCCAAAACUUUGAUUACGACGCCAUACUUGAGGACUUUGGCUCUAUUGGAUACACUGAUAAUAUGGAGAUGGAUACACAAUUUAUGACAAACCUUGGUUUUGCCCCGGGAUGUGAUCUGGCGGAGAUCUUUCAAGGAGACUGGGGUGUUUGA